AGCCACAAUGGAUACUGCUAGCCAUAGCCUUGUCCUUCUGCAGCAGCUGAACAUGCAACGAGAAUUUGGUUUUCUGUGUGAUUGCACAGUUGCUAUUGGAGAUGUUUACUUCAAAGCCCACAGAGCAGUACUUGCUGCUUUUUCCAACUAUUUCAAGAUGAUAUUUAUUCACCAAACAAGUGAAUGCAUAAAAAUACAGCCAACUGACAUCCAGCCCGAUAUAUUCAGCUACUUGUUGCAUAUUAUGUACACAGGAAAAGGGCCAAAACAGAUUGUGGAUCAUAGUCGUUUGGAGGAAGGGAUCCGAUUUCUCCAUGCUGACUACCUUUCCCACAUUGCAACUGAAAUGAAUCAAGUGUUCUCACCAGAGACUGUGCAGACCUCAAAUCUCUAUGGUAUUCAGAUUUCAACAACCCAGAAAGCAGCUGUCAAACAAGGGCUGGAGUUCAAAGAAACUCCUCCCAGUAACAGUGGAAACCGAGCUGCUGUCCAGGGUGACCACCCCCAGUUGCAGCUCUCUCUUGCAAUUGGGCUAGAUGAUGGAAGUGCUGAACAGCAGAGGGCCCAUCCUGCUGCCCAGGCUGUGGAGGAGCACCAGAAGCCCCCAGUGUCCAUCAAACAGGAGCGAUGUGAUCCAGAGACUGUGAUCUCCCAAGGCCACUCCUCAUCCUCUUCCGAAGUGACUGGUCCCUCUUUUACAGAGAACAGUAUCAAAGUCCACUUAUGCCAUUACUGCGGGGAGCGUUUCGAGUCCCGCAGUAACCUGAGACAGCACCUGCAUACCCAUGUGUCUGGAUCUCUCCCGUUUGGUGUUCCUGCGUCCAUUUUGGAAAGUAAUGACCUUGGUGAAGUUCAUCCACUUGGUGACAGCAGUGAGGCUCUUGAAUGCAGGAGGCUUAGCUCCUUCAUUGUCAAGGAGAAUGAGCAGCAGCCAGCGCCGCCUGAGCACUCUAGCCGAGGUCCUGCAGAGCCUUUACAGAUCAGUCAAGUGUCUUUGAUCUCCAAAGACACAGAGCCAGUAGAAUUAAACUGUAAUUUUUCUUUUUCAAGAAAAAGAAAAAUCAGUUGUACCAUCUGUGGCCAUAAAUUUCUUCGAAAGAGCCAGUUACUGGAACACAUGUAUACACAUAAAGGUAAAUCUUACAGAUACAACAGAUGCCAAAGGUUUGGAAAUUCAUUGGCCCAGAGGUUUCAGCAGUAUUGUGACAGCUGGUCCGAUGUCCCCCUGAAAAGUUCUCGCUUGUCACAAGAACAUUUAGACUUGCCUUGUGCCUUAGAGUCAGAGCUCACACAAGGAAGUGUGGACACCAUCCUUGUCGAGUAGUAGCUUCUCCUUUAGAAUUUUUAUACCAGUCUUGGAAAAGAUUCAUGCACCAUUUUUUAAUUCAUAAAUUAUUUACUUCCUCAUGGUCUGUUGACUUAAAAUAAUUUGUCCCUCGUUUUGAGGUUGUGCAUACCAGUUCUUAUUAUAAGACAUGGCUAUUAAAUGUAACUUUCAAAUUAUCCUAUGAGCUUUUUUUAUAAAUUAAAUCAUAAUUUGAAAAACAGAAGUUAAUGUAGAAACUUUAGAGUGACUGAUUAUUUAUAAAAUCUUUGUUAUUCCAGGUUGCAGAAUCAGUAGAAUAUGAAACAGAUGAGAUCUACUUUAAAGAAUAUUUUAGAGACUAGGAAUGAAGCUCACUUGUCAGGGGCUUGCCUAGCAUGUGUGAGGUCCUAGGGUCAGUCUCCAGCGCACACAUACACUUCUAAACUGUCCCUAUUGUCUUAUGUUUCAUGUGAAUUAUGUCCUCAUGAAAGUGAUUUUUAAAUAUUUUCUGCCAUAUAAGAAAUCAGUAGUUAUUUUUAAUGUAUAACUAUAGAUUAUAAUGUAUAAAAAGUUUGUUUUAAGACAUGGCUAUACCAAAUCAUGAGUAGUUUUAACUGUCUACUUCCUAGCACCCCAGUUUCUCUCUCUCUUUUUUUUUUUGUUUUGUUUUGUUUUGUUUUUCGAGACAGGUUUUUCUGUGUAGUUUUGUAGACCAGGCUGGCCUCGAACUCACAAAGAUCUGCUUGCCUUUGCCUCCUGAGUGCUGAGAUUAAAGGUGUGUGGCACCACCGCCCAGCUUCACCCCAGUCUCUCAACAUGGCCUCUUAUUUACUUAACAUCAAGUAUACCUCGUUUUUAAUAAAAUUUUCCAGCUAGAAAAAAGGACUGGAGAAGCCAGUGAUAGAGAAGUCUUGAACAGAGAAGCCAGUUCAUUCACAUAACUAAGCACAGAGGCAGGUCUGUAAAGUAACUCUGGGCCAGGCAACCACAUCUAGUGUGUCCUUAGACACCAAGGGACAGAUUUUUAUAGCAAAAGGUUUACCCAAGUUUAGAGAGAAAAAUAAUAAGAUACAAAUCAUCUCUCGCCAGGCGUUGGUGGCACACGCCUUUAAUCCCAGCACUCAGGAGGCAGAGGCAGGUGGAUCUCUGUGAAUUCGAGUCCAGCCUGGUCUCCAAAGUGAGUGCCAGGAUAAGCUCCAAAGCUAUACAGAGAAACCCUGUCUUGAAAAACAAAAAACAAAACAAAACAAAACAAAAAACAAAUCAUCUUUCUACCUUAAUAUGGCAGAAUUUUCUAGGCUGUCUGGGUUGAUGGUAGUUUUCUAAAAAUCACUGUUUAAGGUAAUUUUGUAGUAGCAUGGCUUUCACUUCUUCUGUUGGUAAAACCAAUGAAGUAGAUACACUCAGUGUUCCAGACCUAUUUAAAACCCACUCUGGCAGCUCUCCUUUUGUGGAUAUACUUAACUUCCCUUUUGUAGUGGUGAUGCUUAGAAAUCUAAAACCCCAGGAAAAUUGAAGUUGAUGGACUAAAUGAAUGAUUUUCUGUACCUAAAAAAUAGCCCACCAAAUUUCAUUGUUUUUGAAGUGUUUAAAUGUGAAGCUCUGUACUCAAGGAUAAGAAGGCAAGAAAGACUGCAGAACAGCCCCAUCUCCUUCCCCUAUCCUAUUGAAGUCUAAAGCUUCACAGGUAUUUAAAAAGCAUCUAAGAUGGUCCUGACACCCCAUCCCCACCCCCUAGUUUGGAAACAAGAGUCCUGCUUUGUUACCCAGGUUGGUUUUAAACUCUUGGGCAUAAGCAGUUUUCUGCUUCAGCUUCCCGAGUAGCCAGAACUGUGGCCACGUGCUAACUCACAGAUAUUUGUAUACAUCUAAUAAAUGUAAUGCUUAGAAUUUAGGCACAUGCAAAGUCUGAGCUGUCCCCAGCCCCAGUAGAACACCUCUGAAGACAUUUCUUAGAGGUCCUACCACCUCUGUCUGUGGGGAGCCUAGAGUAAGCCAGCUAAUUCUGAAACAAGUUUUCUGGGUAAACUGUGAGUUCAGGUGAAUAACAAAGUAGUAGUUUCAGAGACAAUGUUGCCUGCCUCUAGUCUCAGAACUCAUGAGGCUGAUCUCUUGUGAGUUCAAGGCCAGCCUGGUUUAUAGUGUGAGUUCUAGGCCAGUUAGAGCUACAUAGUGAGACCAUGUCUCAAACAAACAAAAACCACACAGGCAUACAACACACUAAGCCAAAGUAGCAGUUGCAUUGUUUUUAGAUUUUUUGAGACCAUCUUCCUCCCCUGCUUCUUGAGUGCUGGGAUUAUGGGCUGUACCACCAGUCAGGCUUCAGAGUGGUAACUUUUGAAGGCCAGGUGAAGAACCCCAUUGGGUACUGUCUCAAGGCAGUUGAAUUUCUGAUUUAAGAAUUAGACUCUGGGGUCAAGACCCAUGUGUUCAGAGCAAACUCUAGCUAGUGGUAGGAUCGAUUGAUUGUAUGGGGGUUGUUUAAACAAGUAUGCUGCUGGGGGGGGUCACAAUUAUAUAAAAAGUUAAAAGUAACUUUUUUGUAUUUUUGAGAUACAGAGUCAUGUUUAGCCCAGGCUGGCCCCAAACACACUACAUAGCUGAGGAUGGCGUUAAACUUCCGAUCUGCCUGCUCCACAUCCAAGCACUGGCAUUAUAGGUGUGCCCCCCUCCCCAUGCCCAGCUCUCCCUAGCCUCCUAGCCUUCUCAGGUAUGAAAGAACCUAACAAUUCUCAUUUAAAACUUUUCAACUUUUCUGUAAUCUUUCCUGCUUACACACAAGGAGCCCAUAUAUAGCUAAAGGGUGAGAAUAGAGAUUUGCUUUCAGUGUAGGUGAGUGGGUCCAGCAGCCCGAGACAAUCUGGAGAGGUGCCGAAAGACUUGUCUACAGCUAAUGGCGAUGCUAGACACUGUCUGUUUAAAGUGGAACUAUAUGUAUAAGCGUUAGUGAACAUAUAUUCGUAAAUAAAACGGGACCAUACCUAGAGUCUGGUAUGGCUCAGUGAGUAAAGUGAUUGCAGCUCACAAACUUGAACCUGAGGUGGGAGGUAUGGCGCCUGGUGCUGGUAGGGGAGCAGAGACAGGAAGAUAGCAGGUGUUCUCUAGUCAACCCCUCAGGUUCAGUGAGAGUUUUGUCUUAAAAAUUGAGGUAGAAAAGUGACUGGGGAAGACAUGUGUUAUCAAUCAGACUCUGAUCUCAACACAUGCCCACAUGGGUGCCCACACCCAUACACAUGCAUUACCCCUCCAUACAGAAUAAGUGAAACUUUUGAGCUGUAAGAAAACAUUAGUUCACCCGGUUCCUGUCGUUAUUAAAAUUCUUUAGUGCUAAGAACUUCACUUGAUUCCUCUUAUUUAUAAAGCUCCUUUCAAUACCAAACCAAAAAGACAAAAUGUCGGGGCUUGCCCAUCUGUAACUCCAGCUGUCGGUAGACUGAGGCAGGAUUAUAAAUUCAGGACUAUCCUGGAGCUACAUGGCAAGAUCCAGACUCGAGAAGAAAAAAAAUUAAUUUUUCUCAGUCUGUAAUAACAUUGUUUUUGGAAGUGGAGAAAUAAUAGUUUCAUUUAAUGGAAAAAGUUUCCCAAAGCUUUACAGAGGCAUGUCAUAAGCCUUAUGGGACCUGCUGUUACUUUUUUUUUUUUUUUUUUUU